AGAACUAAGCGGUUAAGCGCAGUCGACAGCUCGAACUCGAUUCGACAAGGUUGAGGUUGUUUACGUGCUACUUUUUGCUUUUUGCUGACCAUUGUGUCAAUUUUUAUUGACUUUUUAAAUAACAAGAACAUACACAAAAAUGGGUGAACGAAAAGGUGUCAACAAAUAUUACCCCCCUGAUUGGAGGCCAGAAAUGGGUUCCAUUAACAAAUAUCAUGGUACUCAUGCAUUACGUGAAAGAGCCAACAAACUCCACCUCGGCAUCCUUAUCAUUAGGUUUGAAAUGCCAUAUAACAUUUGGUGUGAAGGUUGUCCAGAUAAAUCUAUCCCUAUUGGAAUGGGUGUAAGGUACAAUGCUGAAAAGACUAAGGUGGGAAUGUAUUAUUCCACUCCUAUUUACCAAUUUCGUUUCAAGUGCCAUCUUUGCCCCAACUACAUUGUAAUGAAAACUGAUCCAGGGAACUUGGACUAUGUUAUUGUAAGUGGAGCAAAAAGACAAGAAAGAAGGUGGGACCCUUUAGAUAAUGAACAGGUUGUCCCUGAGGAAAAAAGUACUAGCCAAAAACUGGCUACAGAUGCAAUGUUUAAACUUGAACAUGGAGAGAAGGAUGCCUUAAAAUCAAAGAACGCAGCACCGAUAAUUGAUCGUUUACAAGAUCAUAGAGAACGAUGGCGAGAUGAUUACACGACUAAUCGGAUUCUGAGAGAUCAAUUUAGAACAGCAAAGAAAGAGUUGAAAGCGAGAGCUGCGGUUGAUGCCGCACUCUUGGCAAAAUCUUCAUUAGACAUCAAACUUUUACCACAGUCUGAGGAUGACCAAAAAAUUGCUUCCUUGCUAAGAUUAAAUCCAACACAAACUCCAGAGGAAAGACAACAAGACGUUCGACAGACAAUUGAUUCUAGACCCCUUUUCAAUUCAUCGAACGAUGGCACCCCAAAAAGAAUUGGAAUUCCAAACCCAUUUGUGACAAAUUCACGGACAAAAUGCAGUACUUUAACCCGCCAUAAUCUUGGUGUAAGUUUAAAAUCUAAAGCUACGCGCGACUCAGAAGACAUGCCAAGCACAUCGUCUGCAGCUAAUGCCAGUCCAUCAAAACUGGUCAGCCUCUGCAAUUAUACGAGUAGCAGUAGCGAAGAUUCUCAAUAAAUUUGAAGAGAAAGCAAUUUGAUAGGUCGCAAGUCGUAUUUUUACAAAGGAGAAAUAACAAUUAUGCUGUCACAACUUGGAUAACACAUAACGAGCAGGAUGAAUAUGGAGCACAGAGAAUCAUGAACAUGUGUAUAUACCAGUUUGGAAUAAUAGUAGAUACAAACACGUAACUACA